AUGGGCGACGAGCUUAAUUAUGUUCUACUUGCGAUUUACUGCGGCUGCUAUGGCUUCUCAAUCGCCAUGUUUGUGGUUAACUUCAUUUACAGAUACGCUGCAACUCAAGGAAGACCAUUCCGUGAACAAUUCGACUUCAAUCCCGAUAAUAUUGUCUAUAUAGGCUCAUAUAUCUAUCCAAUUGAUCGAAACGGCAAUCAAUACAUCAAUUAUUUUCAUACUAUCGGUCUAUUACUAGCAUCAAUAUUAAUAGCAUUUUCCGCGUUCUGUGUGAUUUUCUUCGGCUCAAAAUGCUAUAUCGUCACUAAUAAAGCUUCCGAUAUGUUGGAGUCGAAAUUAAAGAAAAAUCUGCAUAGCCAGCUAUUGUACGCUCUCAUUCUUCAAACAAUUAUCCCAUUCGCAUGUAUUUAUAUUCCACCUUUGAUAUUUUAUGUGACGACGAUGCUCGAUCAGGAUUUCCAGUUUGUCGGUAUCAUGCUGAAUAUUACCUUGAUGUUUUAUCCAGUCGUCGAUCCGCUACCCACAAUAUUCAUUGUUAGGAAUUACCAAUUGGCGACGAUUCGAUUCCUCAGGAAUCUCAAAAAUUGCUGUCUGAUACGCAAACGUGCUGAAAUUCCAGCAGCUCGGGCAGCAAUUAUAAAACUCAAUUCUUCGCUUUCAUAA